AUGUUUGAAAAUCUCCCACCAGAGAUCCAGAUGGAAAUUUUCAGUUUUUUAUCAUUGAAACAUCUGGGAAGUAUUCAAUUAUUGAAUAAGAAGAUUUCUCAGCAAAUAAUUGAUUCGAAACAAUUCUGGAUUGCAUUGUUGCAUAAUUACUCAAGAAUUGUAAAACCCGAUCAUCAGAAAAUUAAGAAUAAUCAAAAUAAUAAGGAGGAAAUUAAUCAUUCAGAAAUUAUUGAAACUUUGAAAGAAUUAAUUAGAGAACAAUGCGAAAAAACAACCAAAAUUCGAUAUGAAAUUGAACAUACUAAAACAAUGAUCAUUUCAUUUAAAUGUGCUAAAGAACAGAAAAUGAAUUACGUAAAUUAUUUAAACAAACAAUCAUCAAAAGCUGAUUUGAAAAUGGAGGGAAUUGAGAAUGAAGAAAUGAAGGAGAAAGUUGUUUCAGAACUGCUAGCUAGAUGUGAACUGUUUGAAGAACAUAAGAAUGACCUUGAGGAACAAACUCAAGCAUUGCAAAUCGAAUUGGAAACUAACCUUGUCGAUUGA